AUGGAGUUUCUUGAAAGAACUUACCUUGUGAAUGACAGAACCACCAAGAUGUAUGCCUUCACCCUAGACAGUGUGGAACUCCAGCAGAAAUCCUUGAAUAAAGAUCAAUGUCCUGGAGAGAAGCCAGAGGAGCUGGAGUCAGGAGCCAUCUAUCACUGCCACAACAACUUCAAGGCCACAGAGAACAGAGCAAACGAGCAAGUCUAUGCCAAGUGGAAACUCUGUGCUGCUUCGGGAAUAUGCUUCGUUUUCAUGAUUGCAGAGGUUGUGGGUGGGCACAUUGCUGGGAGUCUUGCUGUCAUCACAGACGCUGCCCAUCUCUUAAUUGACCUGAUCAGUUUCCUGCUCAGUCUCUUCUCCUUGUGGUUGUCAUCGAAGCCCCCUUCGAAGCAGCUGACAUUUGGAUGGCACCGGGCAGAGAUCCUUGGUGCCCUGCUGUCCAUCUUGUGCGUCUGGGUGGUGACUGGGGUGUUGGUGUACCUGGCAUGUGAACGCCUGCUCUACCCUGAUUACCAGAUCCAGGCGACUGUGAUGAUCAUUGUUUCAGGCUGUGCUGUGGCAGCCAACAUUAUGCUAAGUGUGAUUCUGCACCAAAGACACUCCAGCCACAAUCACAAAGACAUGCAAGCUAAUGCCAGUGUCAGAGCGGCUUUUGUGCAUGCCCUUGGAGAUCUAUUACAGAGCAUCAGUGUGUUAACCAGCGCACUUAUUAUCUACUUUAAGCCAGACUAUAAAAUGGCUGACCCAAUCUGCACAUUUGUCUUUUCCAUCCUGGUUCUGGCCAGCACCAUCACUAUCUUAAAGGACUUUUCCAUCUUACUCAUGGAAGGUGUGCCAAAGAACCUGAAUUACAAUGAUGUGAAAGAGCGCAUCUUGGCGGUGGAUGGAGUGGUGUCUGUGCACAGCUUGCACAUCUGGUCUCUAGCAACGAACCAAGCGAUUCUCUCGGCUCAUGUUGCUGCAGAAGCCAGCCGUGACAGCCAGGUUGUUCGGAGAGAGAUUGUUAAAGUCCUCAGCAGUAGCUUUACUCUGCACUCACUCACCAUUCAAAUGGAAUCUCCAGCUGACCAGGACCCCGACUGCUUUUUCUGUGAAGACCCCCGGGACUAGUUCAGUCACAACAUCGACUUCUCGCAUUUGAUGAGCCACUAUAUGCUGCUCUGCCAUUUCCAGCACACAAGAAAUAAAGAACCAAAGGAAGAA